GGAAUCGCGGAUGCCCCGGUGGAUCACUGGCUGGACGACCUGGACCCGGAGAAGAAUCUCCACCUUAUUCCCACCUGGAACGACACCUUCAAGGUGGUUCGAUGCCUGCAGCAGAAGGCAGCACUUCGAACCCUGCACGAAAUUUUGCAGAAACUGGACGAGUCCACGAUCGUGAUGUACUCGGCGACGCACGAGUUCAGCGCCCUCGUGUCGAGCCGGGACAACGUGAACCUGAGGAAAUACGCCAAGACCGACUCCGGAGUCCACAUCUUCGCCUACAAGACCUUCGAGAUCCCCGAAGUCCCGCCCGUCAAGGGCGUCGUCAGGUCCGAGAACUUCCACAGCUGCUUCGUGCUCUGGGAGAAGGAGGACAACGCGGAGAUGACGAACUUCGCGUGGAUGAUGAACAUGGACUACAAGCUACCGAGCCUCGUGCCCUCCAGCGUCUUCAACGAGGUCUGCCGCUGGAUCCUCUCCAGCACCAUGAAGUGCAUGCACAAGCGGGCCGACGUGCUCCGCGCCAAUCCCCCUCCCAGAUCUUAACUCGUAUUUAUCGUGAUCUCCGGCACGAGGAGCAGAGGAACAUAAAAGUUGUGUAGCCUUCCUCGAUCUGUAUUCCUUUGGUGUUCUCGGUUGGUGCGUGGUAAGGCGGGCUAAUAUGUAUCGUGUUCCCAGGUACAGUCUCUUUUUUAUGCGGUGCAUCAGAGUGAUAUCUUUUAAAUAAAGUCACGUUUCAUAUCCCUCAUCA